UUCUCCUCAUCCUGUAGCAACGUUAGCCCUGUCAGUAACCUGUGUAGUGGACCAGCCUUUUACACCCUGCUGGACGCACAGAGCAACUGGAUAGUGCUACUUUUUUCCACAACGAAACAAGGCAACUCAUGAGUUGAGAAAUAUUUAUUGUGGCAAAUCAGUGGAGAGGUACUGAGCUGCACUGGACAACAAGGACCUACCUGCUGCCCAUUCUCUCGACUGACAGCUGUCAACUAGCUGACUAGCUUGGUGAGCUAAAGGCUAGCUGGAGAUUCUUUUUUCCCUCCGGCUCACAGUCUGGAUAAGUUUGUCAGCCGCUGUGUACCGCUUUAGAGGAACAGCUGCAAUUUCUUAAAAGCGGAUUCCCUUUUUUCAAAUCAUGAGUUAGCCAACUUAAGGAAGAGGAGAUGCGGGUAGCAGUAGUUGUUCUGGAGGUCCGGAUAAUUUAGCUUGUUUUUAGCUUUCAUUCAAUGUUAAAAAAAGAAAGAAACUGAAGCCAUACCACCGGUAUCUCAGUUAUUAAAGACUGAACAUAACCAACAAUAGCUUUUGUUUCGACACUGAUACGUUUUGGACUUUGUCCGACUCUGGAUAUCAACUGGAUAUGAAGAAAUUUUUUGACACUCGUCGGGAGUUUGCGGGCUCUGGGCCUGGUUCUGGAGCCGGUGGAGGAGGCGCAGGUUCCGGCGGCGGUGUCACUUUCAUCGGUCGGGUCUUCAGCAUCGGACGAUAUCAAGUGACUGUCGAGGAAAUUAUUGCUGAAGGAGGUUUUGCAAUAGUUUUCCUGGUGCGGACACACCAAGGCCAGCGCUGUGCACUGAAACGAAUGUACGUCAACAAUGAGCAUGACCUGCAGGUCUGCAAACUUGAGAUACAGAUCAUGAGAGAUUUAGUUGGCAACAGAAACAUAGUUGGUUUUCUGGACUCCAGUUUAACUGCAGUCGGAGCUGGUGAUGUGUGGGAAGUCCUGAUCUUAAUGGACUUCUGUCGAGGUGGGCAGGUGGUAAACCUUAUGAACCAGCGGUUACAGACAGGUUUCAGUGAAGCUGAAGUGUUGCAGAUCUUUUGUGACACAUGUGAAGCAGUCGCCCGUCUUCAUCAGUGCAAGACUCCCAUCAUCCAUCGAGAUCUCAAGGUGGAAAAUAUUCUUCUUCAUGACCAGGGACACUACGUGCUCUGUGACUUUGGAAGUGCCACCAAUCGCUUCCAGAAUCCCCAGGCAGAGGGAGUUGCAGUCGUAGAAGAAGAAAUAAAAAAGUACACUACGCUCUCUUAUCGGGCUCCUGAAAUGGUCAACCUCUACGGCGAAAAAGUCAUCACAACAAAAGCAGAUAUUUGGGCUUUAGGUUGUCUACUCUAUAAGCUUUGCUUCUUCACCCUUCCUUUUGGUGAGAGCCAAGUGGCUAUUUGUGACGGCAGCUUUACCAUCCCUGACAAUUCCCGCUACUCCCAGGAAAUGCACUGUCUCAUCAGAUACAUGCUGGAACCUGAUCCAGAUAUGAGACCAGAUAUCUACCAAGUGUCCUACAUCGCCUUCAAACUGGCUCGACGAGAGUGCCCCGUCCCAAAUUUAUACAAUUCACCCAUUCCUGCAAAACUUCCCGAGCCUAUCAGAGCCAGUGAAGCUGUAGCCAAAAAGAGUCAGACCAAAGCCAGGCUCACAGACCCAGUUCCCACGACAGAAACCUCAAUUGCACCUCGACAGCGACCCAAAGCAGGGCAGGCCCAGUCCCAGCCGAUAUCAGGCAUCCUUCCCAUCCAGCCAGCUCUCACUCCACGCAAGAGGCCUAAUGCGGCCACAGGAACACCACCGGCUGUAGGUGCUGGUAUCGGUGCCUCAGCUGCAGCUCCCGCCCAGCCUGCUCAACAAGCUCCCACUGCACAGGCUGAUGCACAGACGGCUAACGUGCAGCCACCACCCACACAGCAUCAGCAGCUCUUCGUGAAGCAGCAGCAAGUCUCAGCGUUCUUAAAUCUGCAGAGCAACCAGCAGCAUCAACUACAGAUGACGCCCCAACAACAAACCCCUUUCCAAGCAUCUGCUCCGCUGCAGACCAAAACUGAACCUGCUCCUUCAGCUCUCACGCAACAUGUAGUCCAUGAAGCAGCAGCGUCUCAUCUCACUCCCAUCCCUGAGUCUGCAGCUGUUGGUCCUGCGGAUGGCCCAGAGGCUGCAGGAAGAGAGAUUCACAAAGCUGGCUCUUUGACGCCCCCCUCAUCACCAAAGGCUGCCCCUAAAAGUGGCCACAGACGAAUCCUGAGCGAUGUCACUCACAGUGCCGUGUUUGGGGUCCCGGUCAGCAAGUCAACCCAGCUACUUCAGGCAGCAGCAGCUGAGGCCGGCCUCAACAAGUCCAAAUCAGUCAGCACCACUCCCUCUGGCUCCCCUCGCUCAUCCCAGCAGAGUGUGUACCAUCCAGGUGGAGCUGAUGCUCCAUUAGCAUUGGUUGCUCCCAACUCUCAGUCCAGCUGGAACCCCUUUGGAGAUGAUAAUUUCUCCAAGCUGACUGCAGAGGAGCUGCUCAACAAGGACUUUGCAAAGCUUGCCGAGACUGCUCCAGCAGGAGAAAAGGGCUCAAAUUCCAAUGAAAGUCUCAUUCCAGAGCUCAUUGCUUUUCCAGCCAAGGCAGAAGUGUGUGUGGACUCACUAAUACCAGGUUUAGAUGCUCCCCAGACGCAGCAGCAUUCUGGGCAGCCGGAGCGCGUUGCUGCCAGCAUGCCAGAUUCUUUCACUGGGGAGGACUCUCUGCUGGGUUGUGGUCUGUUAACUCAUGCUUCAUGUGGAAACCAGCCCGUUUCUGCUCUCUCUUCCUACUCUUCUGUUCCCCCUGGUUGUGGCUCUGGAUCCGGUCUUGAGGAGCCGCAAACUGCUCUUGCUUCUCCUGACUCCUCCUCUUUCCUCAUGUCUGGUGGGAAAACGGUCAAUGACGAUGAGUUUGACCCUAUUCCCGUGCUCAUCCCCAAAAAUUCAAAUCAAGGUGGUCACUCGCACAGCAACAGUGGCACUUCAGAGUCCAGCAUCCCCAACUUGGCCCGCUCUCUUCUGCUGGUGGAUCAGCUCAUCGACCUCUAGAGGGGGGUGGGAGAGGUCGAAGGGGCAGAGUACAAAAUCCGAGGGGGUGGGGGGGACAGAAAUGGGCAACAGAGGCACUUAACGUAGCAAUUAUUGAAGUGAUAAAAGCCAGCAUGGAUUGAUUCAGGCGAACCAUUCUCCUCAUGUGUCUCCUUGGCCUCAACUCCAUCUCUAGUAGCCUGAUAAGCUGGUUUCAUGCAUCUCCGCUGGCCGUUGACAUUUCCGCGCUGGUAAAAACUUUUUUUUUUAACGCCUGAGCAUAUUGUCUGCUUUUGUCCCCGCUUCACCAUGGUCUUUCUCACGCUUCCUCAUACUUGCGUUAAUAGCUCUCAUUGAGUGCUCGCCCGUGGUGAUCGACCCACAUUAUACGCACUGCUUGGUCACAGCUCCAUCGUGUUCACCUGGUGUAACUUGUUGAAGUUCUGAGUGAACACACCGCCCUCAGGCCUGGCCGUGUUUAAGGGUUUAAGGGUCUGAUUAGAGUUUGAGGACAGGAAAUAAAGUGGUGCGCUGACAUUUUCAGGUGAAUACUCUGAACAGUGAGUGAGUUUGUAACCUGAAUGUUUCCUGGUGCACAGAUUGAACCAGUUUGUGAAGUAGUGAGGAGAAAAGGUCAGCUGUUUGUACCAGUUGUUGUUUGCUGGUUUACAAGAAGAUUUAUUCAGCUUUAUCCAAACAUUUUGUUUAGAUAUGACUGCAAUGCACUCAGUUUAGAACCUACAUAUGUUCAUUCCUGUUUGAUUUCCUCAUAUUAAUCAGUAAUUGUUACUAACACCGAGUAUAUUUAUCCGGGACAAAACAUCAACUUAAAAAAAAGUUCUUCUUUUUGAAUGUUAAACCAAUAAUUAUUCAUUUUAAAACCAUGCCUGUGGCAUGAUGAUGAUGAUGUUUAAAUGGCUGAUCAGUAUGACCCUGCAGCAGCACACCUACUCUCACCUCAUUAGGUCAUUAAUAAAUUUUGGACACACUUAAUGAUAUCUUUGAUGUAUAGCUUCUUUAAUUCUUAUAUUUUCAACGUAAUAUCAGCAGAAACUGAUCUGAGGUAAUACCAAAGCUAAAGGAGGUUUUCGUGCUGUUUGCCACCUUUCCUUCUGCUCUCAGCAUUACGUUACACAGAGGAAGAUACAAUUUAGAGGUGGUUAAGGUAAUUUGUGUGGGUACUAUGUUACUCCAUCCUACCUAGGCAGCCUCUUCUUACAGUCUGUCAUUAAAUGUGGACAUAUUUUCAAUCCAAGAGAGCCAUUUUAAAAAUAUCUCUCUUACGGACCUAAAAAUUUUCAUCAUUUCAACGUUGUUCUUUGUAGAAUCAUUGUUUUUCUUUUGUGUCCAUAUUUAUUUAAAUGCAUUUAAUCUCCAGUGAUGUGACUAAAUGUGACUUCCUGAUUGUGAUUCAGGAUGAAUGUAUGACUGAAGAAACAUGUUGGAAUGUGUACAGCAUUUUGAAGGAUAUACAGAUAAAACAUGUUUGCAUAUGAAGCCAAACUUAGAGGUGUACAUUUUCACUUUUUUCUCCCAUUAUAAUUUCUCACUAAUCACAUGAUUAUUCAGUUUGAACUUUUGAUUUUGUCCUCAGAAACAAAAUGCUCCUGAAUAGUGCAGUGAUUUUGGUUUUUGGUGUGUAUAACUGAGGUACAUUUUCUCUGAUGGGAUAUUUUCUUCCUGACGCUUCUGGACUUUCACUUUAAUGAACGGAUGAAAAAAUAUUGGAUGGAAGUUGCAUAAAAGUUGUACUGCAUUUCAUCACAGUCACUACAGUUUAUUUUGUAUGUUAAGCGUCCACAUUUCCACCAAAUAAUGCUUUAGAUUUUUGGCUUUUCCAGGAAGUUUCGAUGCAUAUUCAUGUGUAUCUAAAAGUUAAAACUGCACAUUUUCCUCUGAUAUUCUGUCGCUUGUGCAAUUUUUGUUUAACAUUUUGGAACAGAUUGUUUGUUUGAUUUUUCUAAAAUUUCUGUGUAUCAAGUGGUGAAAUUUGGUAUGUUUAGUUUCCUCUUCCUCUCAGUCUUUAGUAAUUUGCAGUAGUCAUUUUUGCAUCUAUCUAUGCAAUCCUAAAAUAAUGCUUCACGUUCUUAUCAGAGACUCCAAUGCUGUAUCUUGUAGAGCUUUUGCAGUAAAGUUAACCUUGUGUCACUGUGUGGAUUUUAUUUGCCUAUUCUGCUGGUUGGUUUAAAAUAUUUCAGAUCAGACACAUUAAAAAGGUUUUUCUGAGAUGGCAGCAGAGGUUCAUUGUCAGGGUCAUUGUGUGUGUUCCUUUUUUUGUAUAUUUAGCUUUUAGAGAUGCAUUUUAGAGACAGGCAAUGGAGAGAAAAUAAAACUAACUCAUAAAGUUGA